AUGUCCACUGAUUUUGUGGAGCUUGAGGAACGGAAGCGCGUAUUUAAGUUCUACAAACUCUUUCCUGAUGAACCAAAAUAUUUGGAAAAACUGGAGGCAGCUCUCAGUUCUUUCGUCACCACCAUAACACUAAACAAUGAAAGCAAUCCCUUCUUGAGAUCGUCCUUUGUUCUGCAGUACAAUUUCGCAGAGGAAUUUUUUCUUCUUCGGUCUGCUAUUUCCGAAUCUACUUUUCUGCCCCUUUACGAAGAGUCACUUUUUGAGUGGCCACUUGCUUCCAUCGCGCGAAACAACCUCCUGUCACAAAUCGAUUCUGAUCUAUGGAUAAGAUCCUUUUCUGACUUUUCGAACUCGAGCAUAAUCGCCCAUAUCUUGGAAAAGUUGCGUUGGGUCACUCUUGGAUACCACUACGAUUGGGAUAACAAAAUAUAUCCUCCUGGUUGUCAAUCACAAUUCCCAACAAAAUGGAGAGAUUUUUUCAAAUCAAUAGCACUGACAGUAUCCGAAGUAGUUGGCGAUAGACAGAGUCUACUUACCACAAGAUCCUUCUACGAGAACUUUCGUCCUGAGGCGUCAAUUGUGAACUACUACCGUAAAAAGACUACUAUGGGUUUUCAUAUUGAUAACUCUGAGGUAUGCAAGCGUGCACCACUAAUAUCAAUCAGCCUUGGUCGUCCUGGAAUAUUUCUUUUGGAAACCUCAACAUAUAUUCCGGGGUUUCUACCUCAUGGAAAUAUCGGUAAUGUACCGAAGACUAUAGUGCCCAUUCUCCUACAGCACGGCGAUGUUUUGGUAACUGGAGGUAAUAGCAGACUGGCUUAUCAUGCUGUUCCUCGUUUAUUAUCAUGGUGGAAUCCUUCCCAAUGUAUAUCGCAGGAUUUCUUCCCAUGCCUUCUCUCUGCUUUCAAAAAGCGGUUUGACGAAGAUGGAAAUCGCGAAAACCUAGAGAAUUACAUCCUUACCACCCGAUUGAACAUGAAUGUCAGACAGGUUAACGAAUAA